AGCCAUUUAAACUAUUUCAUUAUGGCACAUACAUAGCAGAGCUGGACCAAAGCCCAUAGGUGACGGUCCAGCCAACAUUUCAGCCAGAGGCUUGUUGUCAAGUCAGUCAAACUUAACAACCUCUAACACAGCAAUGUGAAGCUUCUAAUCAUCAAGACACCUUCCUAGAUUCUGACGAAAAGUUUCACCACAACAGAUUGAAGAUGGAGAAAGCAACGCAGCGGCUACAUCUUCUGUUCGCCAAUCACGAGUCCCUCCUCGCCAAAGACACUGGCUUACGUCUUCCUGGCACAAAGGCGAACCCUAAAGUUGUCUCUAGCAUUGACAAAACUGUUACGGAAGACAAGAACACCUUAUCGCAUACCAAACAUAGAGGGAUUCCAGCAACCGUGGCUGUCAAGGAGAUUAAGAAAACUGAUGAUAUUCAGAUCAGACUAAAUGAGCCCGAUGAACGCACCGCUUUUGAGUCGGGGAUUGAACCGUCUCCAUCUUUGGUUGCACACUCGUUUUGCCCCGCCGCAGCGAUCGUGAAACUGCCAUACAAGUACAUGCAUGGUGACACAGCGAGAGUGAUUGGAAAACGCUUCUUUGACGGAGGCCAGUUCUGGUCGAGAGAGUGGGAUCUGUAGGCAUUCGAUACUAUUUCAAGCGACCCUCCACCUCUAAUCCAAGUUCUCAGCUAUUACAUUGUCCCUUCUCGUGACCUAGCACCAGGUCCUCUGCUUUUGUUGCCUGCUUCCCAGGUACAACAAUUCCUGGAUCUGAUUAGCAAAGAGUUCAACAUUCGCUUGACUAUCCCCAUGCAUCCUGAACUGGGCCUACUGCUAUCCUUCCAGGAGGAAGGGAUGCCGCAGCCACAAUACCUUGGUCGUUCAUCGGAUAAAGAUGCCAAAGAUGAUUUGGUCUCCAAGGUUCCAGCGUUGCCUGCGAGCUCAAAGGAUUCCAUUGACAAGCCUUCUGAUGGUCCGGAAGCACCGGUCGACAUAAACAAUGCCUUUCGCCAAAGGAUGGAAGCCGGAUUAAGUGCCACCAGAAAGAGAUCAAAGGUCUCAAAGGAGAAAAGGCGAGCGGUUAAGAUCGAGAAACAACGGGAAUGGGUCCGAUCUCUGAAAAGAGCACAAUGUUAUCUCGGAUUACAUCCAUGUUGCUCAGACCGUACGAAUGACAGCUACGAUUCUGUCCAUCAAUCCAUUCAGAAAGAAGAGCUGGCGCGCUCCCUGCCACCUCUGGCCCUGGACAUGAUCGCACCAUUUCCCUUCGUAGACGAGCCUAUCUUCAUAAGCAUCGACGUGGAAUGGAACGAGCGCCAACGCAAACAAAUCACAGAAGUGGGUAUUUCCACCUUGGAUACCUUGGACAUUGCACAUCUAGCUCCUAGGCAAGGUGGAAAGAACUGGCGGCAAUGGAUUCGUUCUCGACACUUUCGCGUUAAGGAGUAUGCCCACAUUGUGAAUUGUGAUUUUGUAACUGGUUGCCCUGAUCAGUUCGGAUUCGGCAAGAGCGAGUUUGUCUCACUUCAAGAUGCUGGCCGGGUGGUAGAGAGCUGCUUCAAUCCACCUUAUUCUGCUCAAAUUCCUGUGAAAUUCGUCAAUGAGGAAUCCACUGACUCCAAGCCAAAAGUUACGAUUGAGACAGCAAUUGAAGGGUACAAGUUGCACCGUCGCAACGUGGUUCUUGUCGGUCACGACUUUCAGAGCGACAUUGACUAUCUCCGCAAUCUGGGUUGCAACAUAUUUCCUUACAACGAUGCGAUUCCACAGCCCCAGACAUCCUCACAGACCUUGAGCAGUCCGACCGCGCAAACACUGUUCUUAGAUACCUUAGACACGGCAAUGAUGUUUCUAGCGCUCAAACGGGAUGUACACUCCCGCUCGCUUGAAAAUAUCCUCAAUUCUCUGGGUAUACACGGCAGGAACCUUCAUAAUGCUGGUAACGAUGCCCGGUUUACCCUUGAAGCCAUGGUGCACAUGAUUAUCAAUGCGAGACUUGCUCUCGAUAAGGGGGCACAAGAGCUUUCUGGUGAUUACAUGGACUGGGCAGCGAGGCCUGUCACAAACGCAGACACUGCACUGCAUGAACUCGCUUGGCAAACUGAAGUUGAGCGCCGUGUCUCCGAGGCUGAUGCUACUAGGGAAGCGCAAAUCCGUGAUGAUUGCAAGAUCUGGGAGAUGGUCACCGGCUGGGAUAGCGAAGAAGGGCCAACUGCUGAUGAUAUUGACGGUGGAGAACCGAAGGGUUUCAUGGUCAUGUUAAAAUGAGUUUUGGACAGCCCCAAACAUCAUGGCUCGAUGGCGUUAAACUCUCGCUACGUUGAUGCUGUACAGAGGGCUCAAGCUCGUAUUGCGACCGUUGCGGUUUUUCAUUGUACGACAUCGAAGUACAUAAGCAAAUUGAAGCAAGUACAAAGGAUGCUUCUUUUAUCUUGUUAGGUGU